CGGCUCCUUCCCUCGCGGAGAGCGGCUGGCAGCGGCUUCGCCGGCUUUCGGCGGGCUUCCCCUGCGCGCGCGGCCCCGGGAGGGAGUCACAUGACCCGAGCGGAGGCUCGAGCGCAGGCUGAGGCUCAGGCAGAGGCAGCAGCUGAGAGAAACGCGCGUCGCUCGGGCUCCCGCCGCCAUUCUCUGUUUUGUAGCCUUACAUUUUUAUCCCAACAUUUUACUCCCGCUCGCAGGGCACGCUGAGGAAAAUGACCGGCAAAAGUCAGACCAGCAAUGUGACCAACAAGAAUGACCCCAGGUCCCUCAACUCCAGAGUCUUCAUCGGCAACCUCAACACGGCCAUUGUGAAAAAGUCAGACAUUGAAGUGAUCUUCGCCAAGUAUGGCAAGAUAGUAGGCUGCUCUGUGCACAAAGGUUAUGCCUUCGUCCAGUAUAUGAGCGAGCGAAAUGCCCGUGCUGCUGUAGCCGGAGAGAAUGCCAGGAUCGUCGCUGGACAGCCUCUCGACAUAAACAUGGCUGGGGAACCAAAACCAUACAGGCCGAAGGCAGGAUCUAAGCGACCCCUCUCAGCAGUUUACAGCGGAUACGAGUUUGACUAUGAUUACUACAGAGACGACUUCUACAGCAGGCUGUUCGACUACCAUGGACGGGUGGCGCCGCCUCCUCGAGCUGUGAUUCCUAUAAAGCGCUCACGGGUUGUGGUCCCCUCAACACGCCGGACCAAGACUUCCUUUCCACUCAAGACCUCUUCGUCUUCAUCUUCUUGCUCCUCCAGACCACCCACAUCUAGUUCCUCUGGGUUGACUGGAAUGAAACUUAAGACAGACCAGCUGCAGACCAUCAAGCGGGAGCUGACGCAGAUUAAAACCAAGAUCGACUCCUUGCUGGGCAGGCUGGAGAAGAUUGAGAAGCAGCAGCGGGUGGAGUCUGAGGUUCAGAGGAAGUAUGAGGAUACCUGUGAAUCUCUCCAUGAGGAAUCGAUAUCAGAGAUGGCAGAAAACUCUGCGGAGGAGGCAGGCGAGGGAGCACUGGAUACAGAGACCGGAGAGAUGACUGAUGGAGGAGAGGAUGACUACGAUGAAGAAGGCAGCAAUGACCUGAUAGAGAACCAUGUAUCAGACAUAGACAACUGAAUAAAGGGAGGAAUCAGAACCGCGACUUGUGGAAGACGAAAACAGCGCCACCUAAGAGGGGGGCGCACAGUCCCGGGGAAAAGAAAGGCAAGUUCUGGGAAGGGAAAAAAAAAUUAAGAAAAUUCAUUCAUCUUCUCCUUCUUCAGAAAUGUUUCAUGGCCCCCAAGAGGCCUGCGUGCAGUGACUGAGCUGUGUUCACCCUUAGAACGUCGUUAGAUUUCCCCAAGCAAAUCCGGGUUGCACUCCAUUGUAAUUUAUUUGUAAUUAAAAGAAAACCAUUCAGUCAUGAAGGCACUUGAAAAACAAAAUUUGAAUAGCUCAUCUUUGUUCGGAGAGUACGGAGAGGCAAAAAGUCACCUCAGUGAUCACUAAGAGUGUAAAUUUUGUGUAUGGCAUACAAUGCAUACCAGUGCUUUAUACAAAGGGUUUAUAUGAAGUAUAUUGUUGUCUUUUAUCAAAUGUGUCUUUUUCAUUGUUGGGUUCAUGACACCUUUGCAGCUCUUCAUCUGCAUUCUGAUCCAUUAAUAUAGCAAUGUUUUAUGUACUUUUUUAACCCAUUACAUGUUCCUAAGUUAAAUAAGAAGCGUUACAGUGCUGUUUUUCAGUGUUGAGGCACCUUCAUAUUGUGGGUGUUUAUACAUGUUUAAGUGAUCAAGGCCAGUUUUUCCCCUAAAUCAUUCGUGAGGCAACACUGUCCAAGACUGGAAUUAUUCAAUGUGUGAUGCUCAUGACACCCUGACCUGUGCCAAAAUGCAAUUAUAUGAGCUUUAUUAAGCCUAACCCUGACCUAAAUGAUACGGGACUCGCUGGCCAACAGUUUCUCUCUGUCACAUAAAGAUGCUCAUCACCUACAGUACGUCAUCUCUGUGGUCGCUGGGUAGGGUACGAAGCAGGACACACAGUGUCACAGUUCAGGGAGAGAUGCCAAAAAACAUGAACCUCUGUGGGCCUAACAAAUAUCGGCUCUGUACCAUGCCUGCUAGAGCCGGUUUGAUUUGAUGCCUCGGUGUGACGGGAUUAUUUAAAAAGAGCUCUUAUUUGAAUCUGGUGUUUAAAGAGGUUAACAGCUCCCUCCAGCACAGUCAAGUGGCUUGGAGCGAAAGGACACAGUGGCAGUUACAAAUAUGGUCACUUUGAUUCAUUUUCACAGUUAAACGUUCAAAACAGUUUGAUAGCACAAUCCAGAGUUGAUGUUACUCUUGCUUUUUCUGUGUCGUGAGGAUUAAAGUUGAAAUGUCAGCAAAUGGCAGUGAACGUGUAGUCAAGUCUGUUCCUUGUAUUGGGGAGAAGAAUAUGUCGAAAAACAUCUGUCUCCAGUCCCACACUGUUUGUUUUGUUGUUUAACUAUAACUGCAAUCAUGUUUCUGAAGGCUUUCAUUUAUUGAGCUCUCUAUUUUUGUAUGGCAAUACUUCCCCUGAAGAAGGUUCUGGAAUAUUCAAUAGAUUUAGUCAUUACUGUUGUGAAAUUCCCUCACAAAGAAAGUACAAUAGAAAAGAUGGGGGGGGGGGACA